GUGAGGGUGAAGGGGUGAGCAUUUGUGUUUUAUGAAGGCUCAAGGAAUUUGGAGGUGCCUUUCCGUACAUGUGCAAGGAUUUUCAUUCUCUCUGGCUUUCAGCUGGCCUGUAUGUCUGGGGGGAGAGGGCUUGAGCCAAGGUACUAUGAAUGCAUGAUGCUAAAAGGCUGUGUGCAUUAUGAUCUGAACUAAAGAGGAUCCAUUUACAUCUCCCAGUCACAGAAGAUCUUUAUUUGGGUCCAGGCUUUCAACCACCAGUUACCACCAGUUAAUGCCCUUCCCAUUAUCUGCCAAUUUCCAGAAUGUUCAAGGAAUAUUUCCAGUAUAAGGGCAUCAGCUUCCCUCAGAUAAUCUACUCUGAACAGGUGCUGCAGAUGGUGGAAAACAAUUUUCAAGUUCGAGAUGAUGAUAUUUUCAAUGUUACCUACCAGAAAUCAGGAACUGUGUGGAUGCUGGAGAUUUUAAGUCUGAUCCGAAGCAACGGUGACCCCAACUGGUGCCGAACAGUCCCCAAUUGGGACCGGGGCCCUUGGUUUGAGACAGUAUUAGGAUACAGAAUAGCGCAGACCAACAAGUCUCCACGCAUUAUUAGCUCCCAUCUUCCAGUACAGCUUUUUGCAAAGUCUUUCUUCAAAUCCAAAGCCAAGAUCAUCUACACAGUGAGGAACCCCAAAGAUGUCCUGGUAUCCCUCUAUCAUUUUGCCUCCAUGUUUCGCCCCUAUAAAGACCCUGGCACCUUGGACCAAUUUCAUGAUGUCUUUCUAAAGGGAGAUGUACCUUUCGGAUCCUGGUUUGACCAUGUUAAAGGUUGGAUGAACCUGAAGGACAAAGAAAAUUUCUUCUUCAUCACAUAUGAGGAGCUGCAAGAGGACCUGCGGGGGAGCAUUGUCCGCAUUUGUCAGUUCCUGGGCAAGGACUUAGAUGAUGCAGCAAUUGACUCUGUGGUGGCAAAUGCCUCCUUUGAGGCUAUGAAAAGCAAUAAAAUGUCAAACUUCUCACUCUCACCCCGCUUCCUCAUGAACCAGAAGAAGAGUUCUUUCCUCCGCAAAGGGAUCUCUGGGGACUGGAAGAACCAUCUGACCCCUGCACAGAGUGAAUGUUUUGAUCAGAUCUACCAGGAGCGUAUACGAGACUUAAAUGUUACAUUUCCAUGGGACAAAGAAUGAAGCUGGCUUUCUCUGCACUGAUUAUUCUCCUUCACUGGACUGAUUAAUGAUUCAUUAUGAUACUAACUGUCUAGUAAAACACUUUGUAGAUUAGGGGAAACAUCUGGGGUGGGGGAGGCAGGAGGCAGCAAUUGUGGGAGAAGAAUGGGGGUGUAGCCAGUAAGAACAGGGAGUGAGGGGUCAUGGAUCUGAAUGAUGUAUGGUGUGUUCAAUUCCAGAGGUGUGCAGACUAUAGCUUUGAAGCCAUUAGGUCUCAGGGCAUGGUUAGGAUUCACAUGAUAAAGCAAGCUUGCUGAAGCUAAGCCUCCUUGAUGUGGCCAGUGUCUGGACAGAAGAGCACUUGGUAACCUUCCCUUUACCAUCUAAAGCUUCAUGAUGGAAGAGAUGGGGUGUGAAUGUAAUAAAAUUAAAACUAACCAGCCAAUGGUUUAAAGAAAGAUUCAAAUUAACAUCAGAGUAGCUCUUGUUAUUCCACCAGGGCUUGCAGCCAGUGUAUUUUGGUGAGUCAAAUCCCUCUUCCUCCAGUAUCCAAUGCGAGCCACUGGUGGAUGAACUGUUUGUUGUCUCUCUCAAUAUCAUGGUGCCAGUGGAUAGAGAAUGACACAGCCCUAUUUUUCAAUUAUGAGGGACAUAUGUUUUGGUUUUGCCCAACAGGAAAUCAUGCCCCUAUAUGACACAGGAAAUGGGAGGAUGCAAGGCUUGCAAACCAAAGAUGAUUUGGAUUUCAAUCCCAGAAACCCUGGCUAGAAUUGUAUAUACUCCAACUGAUUUGAUUUGGCAGGAACAGUUGUGAUUAAUCCUCUGUCCCACUUUUUUCAGCUGCUUUAAAAAUGUCCUCUCUUCUUAUUUUCCCCUUUGUCCUCAGCUUGCUCCAAUUGCUGCAAACUGAGUUCAAAGUGCAAAAAGUGAAAACUGCUGUGUUAAUUGACAGAGAAGUUUGCCAAGAGAACCCCGUAAUAGAUUAAUCAAUUAACUCAGCAAGAGCUCAGACAAAAGCAGACUGCUGCAACCUCUCCUAGCUUGUGUGUUCUUCCUCAUUAAUAACUUUUGCCAUC